AAAGAAAGAACCCAUGUAAGCUGUGAAGAGUUUCUGUUGAAUCACAAUAUAUUUAAAAACCCACUACGUUAUCUGUCUAGAAUCUUGAUGCAGGUAAUUAUACAGUAUUACAGAAUACUUUGCACGCAGCCAGAACAAUAGCUAGAUAUUUGUAGCUGGCUUUUACAUGCCCACUGCAGUAUAAGUUAAACAAGAGGAGGAGGAAGAAGAGAAGGAGGGGAGCUUACAGUUGUUUUCCCCAGUAGGCGUCCCUCUCUCCCACCCAUACAGAGAAAAAAGCUGCAAGGAUCAAGUUCAAACUCAGAAUGUCAGUAUAUGUUUUUCUAAAGAAAUGACCAAAUUUAGUUCUUUUUGGGGAAAAUUGCAGGAGCAUCAGGAUCCAUCGUGAAAUAUUUGGGUUGGCAGUGGUGAGACCCUUCUGAGCAGCCUCUUGCAUGCCACUGCCCAGGAGGAUUUCGGAUAGUCCCCUGGAACCAUGUCUUCUGCUAGGAGCAGUGAACCCAAGAUGAAGACCUAUCUGUCCAUCUAUUAUCUCAUACAAUUUUGUGGCCAUUCCUGGAUCUUCACAAAUAUGACUACAAGAUUUCUAUUCUUUGGACAAGACGCUUUUGCGGAUACAUUCUACUCAAUUGGCCUGGUAAUGCAGGGCUGCCAGUUACUCUCUAUAUUGGAGUUGGCUCAUAUACUCUUAGGUGUUGAACAGAACGGUUUCUUACCAAUGUUUUUACAGGUGGCUGAGAGGUUUAUCAUCUUAUUUGUUGUCAUUACCAGUCAAGAAGAGGUGCAGAGUAAAUACAUUGUUUGUGCACUGUUCUUCAUUUGGAACUUAUGGGAUGUCAUUAGAUAUCCAUAUGACAUGUUGGCAGCAGUGGAUACAGAUUAUUCAGCUCUCACAUGGCUGAGACACACAUGGUGGAUUGUAGCCUAUCCUUUGUCUGUCUUGGCUGAAGCAUACACAAUUUAUGAGUCACUUCCUUACUUUGAAUCUCUUGGCACAUACUCUUUCAAGAUGGCAUUGCCAGUUUCACUGUCGUUCCAUUUUCCAUACAUUUUAACACUGUAUCUAGUUUUGCAGCCUGUUGGAAUGUUGUAUAUAUGCAGCUGUCUAUGGUCAGAAAGAAAACAGUAUUUCCAGCGCAAACUGAAACUAAAAAAAAAUUAAGAAUGUGCAGAGUUUAAAGGGAAACCUCAACCAUCAGUGACACAAAGACUUGGAAUGUAUUUCUGCUAUGUUGGAGAAAAUACAAAUCGACAAUAGUUGAUGGAAUAAAUGUCAUGCAGGAAACAUUUAUACUAAGCAAAUGUAAAAAAUAUGCAAUACAUACUAAUUAACACAAUGGAUGUAAGAAUGAGAUAGCUGGAGAAAUGACAUAUGAGGAAUAUUCAAAUUAAAGUUUGUAAAAUACAAACUAUGUUCUUGUCUUUGCAGUCUAGAUCAUUCAUAUUUUUAAGGUAACAUUUAUCGUCAGAAAGCGGCAUUUAUCCCGGAUACCGGUACAACACUCGCCACAUAUUUUGCCUCUACAAAAUGAUGGUAUCAUUAACUAUAUGUGUCUCCAGUAAAGGGCUUUAAAAACAAUUGUGUGAAACAUGUAUAUCUUGAGCAAAUUAUAUUUGAAUAAAGUUUAUGGGCAUUUGUAUUUU